AGAGCGUGAUUCCAGGUCUCUCUCUGUUGCUCUCUCCACUUUGGGUACCCAUUCUGACUCAAUGGGGCUUCAGCACUAAGGGGUUAAACGUUCAAAUAAAAUAUAUUUAUUCAGCCCUAAAUCCCCUUUUGGUGUCUAGGUUUGAUGCAUUAAGGCAGACGGACACGUAACCAUCAAGAAAGGUCUCCAGGAGAGAGGCAGAGACGUCUCCAGAGGCGUGCCUGGCUGCUCUGCUUCAGUCGGAUAACUUCCACCGUACUCCACAUUUACAGCUCCUCCAGGCCGGCCAACUGCUGCGACACUAUGGAUACUGGAGAUUGUCCCUACCGGAAGAAAAGGAGACCAUGGCGCAUGGACUUCUCACCCUUCGCCUUGGGGACCCUGGUGCUCAUCUUGUGCCAAACCACCGUGGUCCGGGCAGACCCGGUGGACGUGUUGCGGGCUCUGCAGGUCCCCUCCCUCCCCGAGGGCGUGAAGAAGGUCCCCGGCUUCUGCACCUCCCGCCGCUCCGGCAGCCCCGACCACGCCUACCGCAUCACCAAGAAGGCCCAGAUCUCCGCCCCCACCAAGCAGCUCUUCUCAGGUCGAUUCCCGGAGAACUUCUCCAUCAUGGCUCUGGUUAAGGCCCAGGCUGGCCUCCAGGCCUUCCUCCUCUCCAUCUACAGUGAGCAGGGCAUCCAGCAGCUGGGCGUUGAGAUGGGGCGCUCCCCUGUUUUCCUGUAUGAGGACCAGAACGGGAAGCCGGCCCCCGAGGACUACCCACUGUUCAGAGGCGUCAACCUGGCUGAUGGCAAGUGGCAUCGCAUCGCGUUCUCUGUCUCAAAGAAAAAUGUGACUCUGCUGGUGGACUGCAAGAAGAAGAUGAGCCAAGCGCUGCCCCGCGGCAACCACGCAGAGGUCGACACCAACGGCAUCACCGUGUUCGGGGCCCGUCUGCUGGACGAGGAGGUUUUCCAGGGAGACAUCCAGCAACUGCUGAUCGCCUCCAACGCGCAGGCUGCCUAUGACUUCUGUGAACACUACAGCCCCGACUGUGACUCCGCACUGCCCAGGAUGCAGGCCCAGGACCCCCACACAUACAAGAAGGCCUCCACCAAAUCCCCCCCUGUCAAACCAAAACCCACCCCAGCUAAGCCGGCAAAGACUGGACCAAAAAGCCCUGUAGUUAAGACUCCUUUUCCCACCAAAGCUCCCAAGUCCUCCCCAGCGAAGUCAGCUAGAGCAAAGCCAACUGCCGUAGAGAUCCUCUUGUCUAAGAUCAAACCAACAGCAGCAGCUAAAUCUAAGCCCGUAGCCCCCCCAGCUAAGAACGGUAAUGGUAAACCAGCUGCAGAGAAGAAGGCAAAUGGCAAUGGAAAAGCAGCAGUUACAAAAACCAAUGGCAACGGCAAAGCUACAGCUGAGGCUAGGCCCACAGCUCAGGCCAAGGUGAAUGGAAAUGGAAAGGUUUCAGCUGAGAAGAAAGUCAACGCUAACGGAAAAGUCACUGUUGUGUCUAAGACUGGCGCAAACGGCAAAGCUUCAGCAGAGAAAAAGGCUAAUGGGAAUGGCAAAACUACCAUUGAGGCCAAAGAGGUUAAAGUCAAAGUUAACGGCAAAGCUAAUGGCAAAGUAGACAAGAAAGCCGCAAAUAAGGCAAAAAUUGAAACCACUACAACAGCAAAGGCUGAGAGCGUUGUCAAAGUAGAAAAGACUGUGGUCAGUGCAGCUAAAGUAGCUGCCAAAGUAGACGCAUCAAAGGGACCUAAACCCACAAAAGCAUCAAAAGCUGAACCACCAAAAACAGCAAAUCCUGUGGCCACCAAAGUUAAAACUGUGGUCACUAAAGUCUAUCCGGUCAAAUCAACAGUGGGCAAAGUUGUGAAAAAUGUGGUUGAAAAGGUUCCCAUCCCGAAGAAGGAAGCUCCAAAACCCGCCCCUGUCCGGCCCACUCCACCCAGACCCACCAAGUCCAAGUCACCCGUGGACUUUAAUGUCAAAUCCCUGCACAAACCAUUCCCGCCCUUUGGAACGUCCGUGGUGAGUGGAUCCGCUGCCACAGAGAGGAAAGCUACCAACAGUUACCAACAGGAUGUAGAUACUGAAUAUUCCGAGGCUGGCCACACCCCUACAGAGACUGAUUAUUUCUAUGAGGAGACGGUGCCAGAGGGUGAGGUGAUUGGACAAGAAGAGAUCCCCGUACAGCCCCAGGUGGAGACAGUGUUGGUGGGCGAGGAGGUAGAUGCCACCAAGGCAGGCGGUGCGGGCGAGGAGGCCUUCACUGAGGAGUAUGUGACUGGGGACGUGGGCCUUAAGGAAUACGACUAUUCCUACAGGGACUACAAUGAGCCAAUACCAGAGAGCCGAGGGGGCGAUGCCAACAUGGGCCCCGCCCUGUCCGCUGUGACAGACGAGGGAGGCGCCGCGGUCAGAGGUCAGAAAGGAGAGAAAGGAGACCCUGCUGUUUUGGAGCCUGGUAUGCUGAUCGAUGGACCUCCAGGCCCUGAGGGACCUGCUGGUCCCACUGGCCCCUCUGGCUCCUCCGGACCCCCUGGCUCUGCCGGUGACCCUGGCGAGAGGGGUGUUCCUGGUAGGGCCGGUCUGCCUGGAGCGGAUGGAAUCCCUGGACCUCCUGGGACCUCGGUCAUGCUGCCCUUCCGUUUCGGUCAGAGUGGAGGAGAUAAGGGGCCUUCUGUUUCUGCACAGGAAGCUCAGGCAGCAGCCAUCUUGUCUCAGGCGAGGAUGGCUCUGAAAGGACCUCCUGGGCCGAUGGGAUUCACUGGGCGCCCCGGACCCCUGGGAAAUCCAGGUGGUAAUGGUCUGAAGGGAGAGAGUGGUGACCCCGGUCCUCAGGGUUCCAGGGGACCGCAGGGCAUGAUGGGUCCUCCAGGCAAAUCAGGAAGAAGAGGCCGGGCUGGUGCUGAUGGUGCCAGGGGAAUGCCAGGAGAGUCUGGGACUAAGGGUGACCGUGGGUUUGAUGGACUUCCUGGUUUGCCCGGUGACAAAGGACACAGGGGUGACUUUGGACCAUUAGGACCCCCAGGAGCUCAAGGGGAGGACGGAGAAAGGGGAGACGAUGGAGAAGUUGGACCAAGGGGUCUCCAAGGUGAACCAGGACCUCGUGGUUUGCUCGGACCUAAAGGUCCUCCAGGAAUCUCUGGACCUCCUGGUGUACGAGGCAAUGACGGGCCCCACGGUCCCAAAGGAAACUUGGGUCCCCAAGGAGAGCCGGGACCUCCGGGUCAGCAGGGAACUCCUGGAACUCAGGGUAUGGCAGGACCUCAAGGAGCACUUGGACCCCCGGGAGAGAAAGGUCCCACGGGGAAACCAGGUCUGCCAGGAAUGCCCGGCGCCGACGGCCCUCCUGGUCACCCAGGAAAGGAGGGGCCUUCUGGCACCAAAGGAAACCAGGGUCCCAAUGGUCCCCAGGGUGCCAUCGGUUAUCCCGGCCCUCGUGGCAUCAAGGGAGGUCAAGGAAUCCGUGGACUGAAGGGCCACAAGGGAGAGAAGGGAGAAGAUGGCUUCCCUGGAAUUAAGGGAGAUUUUGGUGUCAAGGGAGAGAGGGGUGAGCUUGGAAUGUCGGGGCCCAGAGGAGAGGAUGGCCCCGAGGGGCCAAAGGGCCGCGUUGGACCCCCCGGUGAGAUCGGACCACUUGGUCUGGUUGGAGAGAAGGGUAAACUUGGUGUACCUGGACUUCCUGGAUAUCCUGGAAGACAAGGACCCAAGGGAUCUCUUGGAUUCCCAGGGUUCCCCGGUUCAAACGGCGAGAAGGGAACAAGGGGUCUUGGUGGCAAAUCAGGGCCGAGAGGACAAAGAGGACCAACGGGCCCCCGAGGGCAGAGAGGACCGAGGGGCUCUACUGGCAAAUCCGGAGCAAAGGGGACAUCUGGAAGCGAUGGGCCUCCUGGUCCUCUUGGAGAGAGGGGAUUGCCCGGACCUCAAGGAGCCAAUGGUUUCCCUGGACCCAAAGGACCUCCUGGGCCACCUGGAAAGGACGGGCUGCCUGGACACCCCGGGCAGAGAGGAGAAGUUGGCUUCCAAGGUAAAACGGGUCCACCUGGACCUCCUGGAGUCGUUGGACCUCAGGGUCCAUCAGGGGAGACCGGCCCUAUGGGCGAACGUGGCCACCCUGGACCCCCAGGUCCACCUGGAGAGCAGGGACUUUCUGGUCCCUCAGGCAAGGAAGGCACCAAAGGAGACCCUGGACCCUCUGGAGGCCCCGGUAAAGACGGACCCCCAGGACUGAGAGGCUUCCCUGGGGAGAGAGGACUACCUGGAACCCCUGGAGGUGGAGGACUGAAGGGAAGUGAAGGACCUGCCGGACCUCCUGGAUCCGCGGGGUCUCCUGGUGAAAGGGGACAAGCUGGUACUGCUGGACCUGUUGGACCUCCUGGCAGACCUGGCCCUCAGGGGCCUCCUGGAUCAUCUGGAGAGAAAGGAGUUCCUGGGGAAAAAGGUCCAAUCGGCCCGGCCGGCCGUGAUGGAGUGCAGGGUCCUGUGGGUCUGCCUGGCCCGGCGGGAUCACCGGGAAUAGCCGGAGAGGACGGAGACAAGGGUGAAGUUGGAGAGCACGGCCAGAAGGGGGCCAAGGGAGGAAAAGGAGAGCAUGGUCCUCCUGGCCCACCCGGGCCAAUGGGUCCUGUUGGUCAGCCCGGUCCUGCUGGUGCUGAUGGAGAGCUUGGACCAAGGGGCCAGCAGGGGCCAUUUGGAUCCAAAGGUGAUGAAGGAACCAGAGGAUUCCCAGGAGCCCCAGGACCCAUCGGAUUACAGGGAUUGCCGGGACCACCAGGUGAGAAGGGAGAGACAGGAGAUGUUGGACCUCUGGGUCCUCCAGGUCCCCCAGGACCCCGUGGCCCUGCUGGACCCAGCGGUGCAGACGGUCCUCAAGGUCCUCCUGGUGGUUUGGGUAAUCCUGGACCUAAUGGAGAGAAGGGAGAGCCUGGUGAGGGCGGACCACCUGGAAUCGUAGGGGAGCCCGGAAAGAAGGGACCUCGAGGAGAGCGCGGAGAGAAGGGAGAAGCCGGACAACCUGGAACAGCUGGAGGUGCUGGAGGACGAGGAGGACCUGGAGAUGAUGGACCCAAAGGAAACCCUGGCCCGGUUGGUUUCCCUGGUGAUCCCGGUCCCCCUGGGGAGGUUGGACCCAGAGGUCAAGAUGGUGCGAAGGGAGAGAGAGGAGAAGAUGGUGAAUCAGGAGAAUCUGGCUCCCCAGGACCAUCUGGUGAGAACGGACCUCCAGGCCCCCUAGGGAAGAGGGGCCCUGCUGGAACAAAAGGACCAGAGGGACGUCAGGGAGAGAAGGGGACGAAGGGAGACACGGGUGCUAUCGGCCCCCCAGGAAAGACCGGCCCCGUCGGCCCCCAGGGUCAACCAGGAAAACCAGGAACAGACGGCCUCAGGGGGCUCCCAGGAUCAGUGGGGGAACAAGGAUCUCCAGGACUCGCCGGACAGAAAGGACCACCUGGACCCAUCGGACCUCCUGGUUUGCUCGGUCUGCGCGGAGACCCAGGUGCCAAGGGAGAGAAGGGACAUCCUGGUCUUCUCGGUCUCCCCGGCGCCCCAGGAGAGCAGGGGGAGAAGGGAGACAGAGGUUUGCCUGGACCUCAGGGAUCCUCUGGAUCAAAGGGAGAGUCUGGGAUGUCUGGAGGCUCCGGACCCAUCGGACCUUCUGGUCCUGCUGGGCUGCCUGGUCCUCAAGGUGUCAAGGGAGCUAAGGGCUCUUCUGGUGGAGCUGGUCCAAAGGGAGAAAAAGGUGUCCAAGGACCCCCCGGAUCCCCUGGCCCACCAGGCGAGGUCAUUCAGCCUCUGCCCAUCCAGAGGAGUCCCAAGUCCAAGCGCUCCAUCGAUGCCAGCCAGCUGCUCCCUGACGCCGACAUGGCCGCGUCUGACGCCGCUGGCACCGAGUUCCUAAUGGGCACCGAAGGCAUGGAGGAGAUCUUCGGCUCGCUCAACUCCCUGAGACACGAGAUCGACACCCUGCGUUUCCCCCUCGGCACCCAGGACAGCCCGGCCCGCACCUGCCAGGACCUGCACCUGAGCCAGCCGGAGCUCAAAGACGGAGAGUACUGGAUCGACCCCAACCAGGGCUGCUCCAGAGACUCAUUCAAGGUCUUCUGUAACUUCACCAGCGGAGCAGAAACCUGCUUGUACCCCAACAGGAACAUCAACACGGUGAAGAUGAGUUCCUGGGAUGAUGAGACUCCCGGUUCCUGGUACAGCCAGUUCACUACUGGUAGUAAGUUCUCCUAUGUGGACUCUACCGGUGAGCCCGUGGGCGUGGUCCAGCUGGGCUUCCUGCGUCUCCUCAGCGUCCAGGCCCGCCAGAACCUCACGUACCACUGCCACCGCUCAGUGGCCUGGGCCGACCGCAGCGCCAAGAACGACUACAGCAGGGCGCUGCAGCUCCAGGGGGCCAACGACGAGAAGCUGAGCUACGAGACCAACCCUUACAUCAAGGCCUUGGUGGAUGGCUGCUCUUACCGUAAGGGCUUUGACCGGACAGUCCUGGAGAUCAUCACACCACAGGUGGAGCAUCUACCUCUGCUGGACGUCAAGGUGUCAGACUUUGGGGAGAGCAACCAGCAGUUUGGCUUUGAAGUGGGACCUGUCUGUUUCCAAGGCUAAAACACACACACACACACACACACAGACACACACAACCACGCAAAGAAUCUACACGUGCAGUCACUCAUGCACACACACACACUUCGAGAAACACUUAUAUACGAGAAACACACGACCAGUAAUUUGUAAAUUAACUUGUAAAUUGUAUGAAACACAAACCCACUGACACACACACACACACACACAUCUACACACACACAUGCUUUUGUGAGACAAACACUCACUCUGGAGCAUGUGUCCGGGGAAAACGACAUCCUCCCAACAAUUAAUGGACGUCAAAAAAAGUUAAAGAGGAGAGAAAUACCAAAGAAACAUGCGGAGAGGAGACCAUCGUUUGGAAGAAAAACCAGGAGCGAGUUCAUCGGAACCAAGCAGUGAUUCCUUCACCUGCAGGAAAGGGGCCGGCCCGGAAGGAGGGCUGCCGCCUACUUGAGGCCCGAACCCCCCCCUCCACCCCCCUAGUCUCUGACCCCCCCCUCAGUCAUCUCUUCUCCCCGCUGUGUCUCUCUUACUGUACCCUCUCAUAGUGCUCUACCUCCCCUCAAAGUCACCCCCCACACACUGAUUCCACUUCUUUUGAUCCAGGUGAGGAGGGGUUCACCAUGGGAAGCUUUGAACGGGCCUUUUACCUGAGACGUACACCCCAGUGGACGAGUUGUGUGAGAAUAGAACGCGCAGUGACCUGUCAGCCAUGUUGUUCCCAUUAAAUCACUCCUUUUUGGUGUCUUUGUAAGAUUCUCCGUGUGCUCACCUGCUCAGGAAGGAUGGAACACGUUCACCUGGUGUCAUGCAGCGAGGUGAACGCAGUCCAUGUGACUCCUUUUUGUAAACGCGAUGGUCUCUCCUGUCGUUGAACAGAUCAGUGAAUUUAAAAGCCAUUACUUUUCCAAACUGUGCUGAACCUGAUGUGAUUGUUCUCGCUGUCACUGGUGCUUCUUCUGCUGGGUCACUACCACGCACCGGUCCUGCGUCUGCUGGGUCACCUUCUGGGUUCCUUCAUCGUUCUUUUCCAUCUUGUGAUUGCGCAUCAUCAGGGCUUAAACAUGUAUCUGAGAGUUCCCUCCUUCUUUUUCCAUGCAGCAGUGAAUAAAACGCAUGCUUUACUGAAAGAAACUGUGUGGCAAGGUGCUAAUUAUACCAACGCAUAAAACCUAUAUCCACCCCCUCCCCCCUGAGUCCCACUCUUUAGUCUCUUUACAGGUUCAUAGAAGUAUUUUACUAGGGGAAAUGUGCAUUACAUUACAUUUGUACAGAAAUAGUGAUAUUCUAUCUUAUUUAUUUAAAACAGGGUACUUUGUGAUUGAAUAAUGCAAGGACCACCAAAUAUGCCAGUCAAAUGUGGUAUAUUUCAUUUGUAUUUAUUUCCUGUGACUGAAGGGAAGCGAGUGACUCACUGAUGGUGCUUUACAUCCAAGCUCCUCUUGUACAAGCAAACAAUGUGUGGCCAUAUCUCAUUGUAAAGUCCCCGACUGUACUGUGCUUCCUCUGUGACGAUUAAACGAGACUCUGCAGUUCUGUCACAUCUCCUUGUGGUUGCUACUGUUUGGCUUUUGGCUCUCAGGUGAAUGGGUCACUGGGCUUUGAGAUGAUUGCUGAGUCGGCCCCCGUGAUGAUCUGAGGGGGGGGGGCUGAAGGGCGUGACUCGCAUCCCUCUGCUGAGACCACGGAGAGGGAGGAGACGAGCGGUGUACAGCGUGGCUGUGAGGGAGGGGGGGAUCAGACUAGGGUUCUGCUUUUAUUUUUUAUUUUUAUUGUUUGUCCUUUUAUUUUUAUUUUUACUAUAGCAGGGAAAACGGGGGUAGCAAAGCUAAAACUAAAAAUUGAAAUUUCCGACAUUGAGAUUCUCCAAAGUGAAUGACCUCAAAUAUCUGUGUGCUUUUACUGUUGAAACCAGUUUCAACUAAAAAACAAAUAUGGUGCUGAAAGAGAAAAAAAGUAUUAUUUUAUAAUGUGUGUAAGUAUUUUUUUUAAUUGUCUCUGUAAUAUAUACUCUUUUAAAAAGAGCUGCUUGCCUCUUGGUUUUAUUUCCAAACUGAUGGGUAGUCAUCAGUAGUUCUCCUCGCUUCUCAUGAGUCCCAAACCGAAACAGACAGGACACACCGUCAUAUGUGAGGGUUAUUUACUGGUAUUGCAGCUUGUAGGAGCUGGAAGUGCUUCGUCUUACAAUUCACAUGAUGUGCCAGGUUUAAUCAUACAUAAAUUAUCGUGUUUCUGAUGGGUUCUAAUUGCCGCGCUGACGGAAAACAUGGACGGACGAGCCGGAAAAAAUGACGAAACUUCGCUGCAAGUCCCUUCAAAAUAAAAUCACAGGAUGAUUUU